GCUGACGAGGUGAAGAGGAAGAAAAGGAAAAAGGAUAAGAAGAAAAGAGAGGAUGGACAGGUAGAUAUCGUGGCUGGCGUCAUUCAAGGUGAUGUUUCAGCUAUAGAUGACAUGAAGAGGAAGAAAAGGAAAAAGGAUAAGAGGAAUAAGGAGGAUGGACAGGAAGAUAUCGUGGCUGGUGUCAUUCAAGGUGUAGUUUCAGCUGACGAGGUGAAGAGGAAGAAAAGGAAAAAGGAUAAGAAGAAAAGAGAGGAUGGACAGGUAGAUAUCGUGGCUGGCAUCAUUCAAGGUGAUGUUUCAGCUACAGAUGACAUGAAGAGGAAGAAAAGGAAAAAGGAUAAGAGGAAUAAAAAGGACGGACAGGUAUAUAUCGUGGCUGGUUUCAUUCAAGGUGAUGUUUCAGCUAUAGAAGAGACGGAGGAUAGACAAAUAGAUGAUGCUAAUAUCAGAAAGAUGAAAGAGACAAAAUUAGGGCACAAUUCGAAAGAUCUUUCUAAUGAAAAGACUGAAAAAAGAGUGAGAUUUUCUGAUAAUGUACAGUUUUUCCAUCCAAUCAGUGAACCUAGCAAUGAGAGGCAUGAAAAUAACAAACAAGAAUUACUGUUUGGCAAAAAAUUCACACAGGAAGAAGAUGAAAUCGUCAAAGAUGCUGUUUGUAGAUACAUAGAGGUAUAUAAUUUGGGCGAUGAAGGGUUGCAAAAGGUUUUGAAUUGCAAGUCUUAUCCUGAAGUAAGGGGCUGCUGGAAAGAGAUAGGGAAGGCUAUACCAUACAGGCCUUACAGAGCAGUUUAUUAUCGUGCACAACGUUUGUUUCGAAUGGGAGAGAAGCGUAAAUGGACUGAAGAAGAGCAUGGGAUGCUACGGAAGUUCCAGGGACAACAUGGGAAUAAGUGGACCGUCUUGGCAGAUGAACUUGGGAAACAUCCGGUUCAUGUAGGAAAUGCAUGGCAUAGGAUAAAACUGGAAAAUCGGAAGAGGGGACAGUGGGAUCAGGAGGAAGUACAGAAAUUGUUUGAUUUAGUAAACACCGAUCUGCAACUUAAGCUCUCUGAAGAAAGGAAAUCUAAGCAUGGGAUGUUACGGGAUAAUAUUUGUUGGAGUUCAAUUAGUGACAAUUUGUCCACAAGGAUUUCCCACCAUUGCUGCAAUAAAUGGUACAGACAAUUAACAUCCUCGAUGGUGGUUGCAGGUGAAUGGGCAGAUACUGAUGACUAUCGUUUAAUUGCUGCCCUUUUUGAACUGGACGCAAGCUGCAUAGAGGACGUGGAUCGGGACAAUCUUCUCUCCCACAGGCAUGGAGAUUUAUGUCGAAAAAGAUGGAAAGAGAUGGUGCGUCAAAUAAGUCAACAUGAAAACAAGUCAUUUGAUGCACAAGUACAAGUGUUAGCAAAGAGAUACCGCCCUGAUUUAGUUGGAGCAAGGGAGGUCUGGGAUAGUAAACCACUUGUUCCAUGACAUGUUCAACACUCACAUGGGUGUUUCUGUAGAGAGAUGCUUAAGGCACUAGUAUGCACUUCUGUCUACAACUUAGCGCGUCACUUCUGUACUUGAUUUAUUUCGUUCUUUUAAUUUUUGAGAGGUUUAUAAAACAUCUGCAAAUAUUAGUC